AUGUCUGUUGUCAAUUCUAAUCACGGCGGACUAUUUUUUGUUUAUGGUUAUGGAGGCACAAGAAAAACUUUCAUUUGGAAGACAUUGUCAGCGGCUAUUCGUUCAAAAGGUGAUAUUGUUUUGAACGUGGCUUCUAGUGGUAUUGCUUCGCUAUUGUUACCUAGUGGGAGAACAACUCAUUCUCAGUUUAAGAUUCCUAUCAAUCCUAAUGAAGAUUCAAUCUGCAAUAUAAAACAAGGUAGUGCAUUAGCUGAGUUGAUUGUGAGAACAAAACUUAUGAUAUGGGACGAAGCUCCUAUGGUUCACAAACACUGUGUGAAAGUUGUUGAUCGGAGUUUGCGUGACCUUAUGAGAGUAUGCAAUGAGUUGAGCAUGGAGAUGCCAUUUGGUGGGAAACUUUGCAAAGUUUUGAGGUUGACUAAAAAUAUACGAGUUCUUGGUAUUAAAUCUGGUGAGGAAGCAUCGAAAUUGAAGGCAUUUUCUAAGUGGAUUGCAUCUAUUGGAGAUGGAGUUAUUGGUGGUUCAAAUGAUGGUGAAGUUAGUGUUGAUCUUCCUACUGAUAUUGUAUUGCCCGAUAGUGGUGAUUCUCUACAGAACAUUGUUACAUCUAUUUAUCCUUCAUAUAUGAACAAUCAAGAUUUGAGCUGCCAUUUGCAUAAUCGAGCUAUACUUGCUCCAACGUUAGAUGUGGUUGACUUGGUUAAUCAAUAUAUGAUUUCUUUGGAUCAAUCGAACGGUCGUGUUUAUUUGAGCUCAGAUAGCAUAUCUAAGUUUCAUCAAAGUUCUAAUGGUUUCGCGGAGAUACAUUCGGUUGGUACUCCAGUUAUGCUAUUAAGAAACAUAGAUCAUGCUAACGGAUUGUGUAAUGGGACACGAUUGAUCAUUACGCGUUUAGGUGAUCAUGUUUUAGAAGCUAAAGUCUUGAGUGCUGAUAAUCAAGGCCAUAAAGUGUUGAUUCCUCGGAUGUCAUUAACACCUUUUGAUCCUAGGUUUCCUUUCAAGUUUCAACGUGGACAAUUUCCUUUGUCGGUGCCGUAUGCUAUGACAAUUAACAAGAGCCAAGGGUCAGGAGAAAUGAGCUGGCAGUAA